GUCAUCAGCUAAACGUCUUCGUCUCGAUGAAGUCUUCGCGUCAUUCCCAGAACUGGGUCCCACAGUUCCAGACGGUGGUUACGCAUGGAUUGUUCUCUGUGGUAUAUUUUUAGUCCAGGUACAUAUUAUAACAUGAUCAUCUUAAGAGGCGUAGUAUCGGUCGAUAUUUUUCAAAAGAUUAAAAUGAAUCUAUCGUUUUAUUAUGAAUAUCUGUAAAUAUUAUCAUUUUAAAAAAUUAGAUGACUGUUCCAAGUAUACUAGCAAUGUAUGGAGUAGUUCUAGCAUAUAUUCAUGAAACUAAAUCUACUGAUUUUGAUUUAUGGAAUGAAAAAAUUAUUUUGACGCCUAUACUAUUUAUUGCCUUCUGGAAUCUAGCGGACCCUUGGACAAGAAUGAUCAUGAAUAUGGCACAGAUGCCCCGUUUAGUAGGCAUAAUAGGAGUACUUCUCCUGAUGAUUGGAAUUAUAGCAUCUGGAUAUCUUGCAACUGGCGGGGUUGGCGCUUAUUUGGCCAGCACCAGUGCUGGUGCAGUAAUGGGUAUAGGCGCCAGUUUUAUUAUGCUAUUGAGUGACUAUGUUUUGAGGAAGUAUUUCAGAAAGAAGCUCCUUAUAGCUCUGAUGUUAAGAAAUGUUGGAAUUUCUUUUGGUCUUCUGUUUAUCCCGAGUAUCACAAAUCUGUUGUUACAUGAAGCUAAAUUGAAAACUGGUUUACAACUGAUAACCAUAGUUUUAUUGCCUACUGCAUUUGGAAUAAUGACUUUUCGGUUUCCUCCUCCACAGCAAAUUUCUCCUUAUAGUCUACUCUUAUCAACUGAAGAAGAUACUGAACUUCCUAUAAAAAUUUCCUUUGGUGCUCAUGUGAAUUCACAACAUCCAGAUGGUCAAGAUGACAUAGAAAAUUUUGAAUAUGAUCAACCUGAUGAAAAGGCACAUGGAGGAGGGUUACUAAAUGAAGGAAAUAAUAUUUAUGCUUAUGAAGAUUUGGAUGAAGAUGUGGACUUAUUUGUAAAUCCAGUGAUUCAUUUGGAUAAGAAAUGGCAGCAUCAAUUUCAAAUUCUGAAGAACUUCCGAUUUUGGGCUGCAACAAUUGGCUGGGUUGGAAUGAAAGUAUCUACUCUUUUUUUCUGGCUUCUGUUACCCAUUUUGUCUUAUGAAAAUACAAAUAGUUCCCAUUUUUGGAUGUUUCUAUCCAUCAUGGCAGGCUUCAAUACCCUCCCACCAAAUCUUGUUAGUUACAAAGUAUUGACAUUUACAAAUCAGAAUAGAAGACUAUACUUUGGCAUAGCAUCUUGGUUUUGUGGUAUCAGUUUAGUAGGUUUAACUUAUGUAAGUAGUUACUUCUGGAUGAUGAUUUUUACCUUCCUGGGUGGUGUCAGUAUUGGCAGUUUAUCAAGUUGUCAAGACUUGGCAUUGUAUGAUGUUCUUGGAUCUGAAAUGGUUCAUUCUACUUAUAAAGUAUUUUCAACUAUCGUGGGUUUAUGCAUUCUUGGUUUUUAUUUUAUACACGAUACAAAUCUCUGUUUGAGUUUCGCGGCGCUUUUACAAUUUCUUGGUGGACUUUACUGGAUCUCGUCGCCUACUCUGAAUUUAAUUAAAGCCACUCGUUACAGAUCUCGCAUGAUGAACAGAGAAAGCAGAGACGAGACGUGAUUAAAAUAAUAUUCUAUGGAAUUAAUAUACAUAUAUUUAGGAAUUAUUGAUUUUACGUUACAUCCUAAUUUAACGAUAUUUACAAAAGUAUUUAUACUGAUCACAACAAUCUGUUUUCUCUGAAUUCAUCUAAAAAUAAAAAUAGUGUAUAUAUAAAAUCGUAAAAAUAGACAUUUCUCAGAAAAUAAAAAAUAGGCAUAGAAUAUUGUCUAAUAUAAAAGAUAUAAAUACAAUUUUACUUGACGAUAUCUCAUGAAUGAUUUUUUAAAUAGAUUUCUGUUGUUAUUUGUAUGAGCGUAUAUUUAUAUGUGUAUGUAUGUGUAUACAUAAACAUAUACCUAUACAUGAAUAAAAUAUGUAAUUCUUAAUGUAUAAUGAUACUCUAUACUAAUUAUAAAACAAGUAUGCUACGUUUGUUUCUAAAUUACUUACAAAUAUAUUCUUGCACAUAUACGAAAUAAAUUGUCCUAAAAAUAAGAACCAUUCUAUCAUUACACGUGUGGUAAACAUAUAUAAAUACCGCGUAGGUAUAUCUCUUCACAGAAUGCAAAGAAACAAAAAAGACAAAUUUUUUAGUAUUAAUGAUCAUUUGAAUGUAUAUCAUAUGCAUGUUUUGAGAUCGUGAAAUCGGCUUCUCAUUGCUUAAACAAACUUACACAACGAUUUUGUACCUUGUUUGCCAAUUUACAUUGUAAGUAAUCUAAUUUUACAAGACAAGAUAGAUAUCUUAGACAUACAUAUCUUAGACAUAUUUUUAACACCAUUAUUGCAUCUCUAGGUUUCAACAUUUUUUGUAUAUAAAGAUAAAAGAAAAUAAACUAUAUUAUUAAAUUUUGUAAUGCAUGCCUCUUCCAAGGCAGUACAAGGCAUUCUCGUAUGCAAAAGUAAUCAACUAUCAUCUUAUUUCUUCUAAUAAAAUUUGAUAUUUUAAGUGAUAAAUUUUAUACAAUUCUUGUAAAUAUCACAAAUUCUUUUGUACAAUUUUGAUACGUCCUACUCCUAUCUAGAUUGUAUUAUUAUCUUUUUGGUCAUAAACAAUAAAAAAGCACUGAAUUUACUAUUAAAUAAGUUUUUUUAAAAUUUUUAACGACACAAUUACUUAUUUCAAAUUGUUAUCCAUAUUAAUAAUAUUGCAUCAGAUGUUCUGUCAUAUAAGUUUCAGUAAACAUCAUAUUACGAAAAGAGACAGCCUAACACGUUCAGGAUAAACAAUCACUAUGAAUAUACGAUUUUAUAAAUAGAACAUUCAUUUGACUAUUUGCAGCAUUAUUAUAAAACUAUGUACAUGCAUAUACUGAGCAAUCAAAAUACAUUUGUAU